GCCAGGCGAGAGGGGCGGGGCUCAUUCCCGGGACUCGAACCUGGAGGCCUGACCCGCUGCGUUGAAGUCGGAGCCGUCGCCGCCCGUCGGACCGCUGCCGCUUGUCCUCCGGCGCUGCGCAGGGCUUCUCCCGGUGGCGCUGCGGGUCGGAGGUCGGCCGCCGAGCACAGGUUUCCUACAAGACAGAAAAAUGGAGGACUCAGUAAACCAAAUGCAUCCACUGAAUGAGAAGCAGAUAGCCAAUUCUGAAGAUGGAUAUGUAUGGCAGGUCACAGAUAUGAAUCGCCUCCACCGGUUCUUAUGUUUUGGUUCUGAAGGUGGGACUUAUUACAUCAAAGAGCAGAAGUUGGGUCUUGAAAAUGCUGAAGCUUUAAUUAGAUUGAUUGAAGAUGGCAGAGGAUGUGAAGUGAUACAGGAAAUAAAAUCAUUUAGUCAAGAAGGCAGAACUGCAAAGCAAGAGCCUAUGCUCUUUGCACUUGCCAUUUGUUCCCAGUGUUCCGACAUAAGCACUAAGCAAGCAGCAUUUAAAGCUGUUGCUGAUGUUUGUCGGAUCCCUACUCAUCUCUUUACUUUUAUCCAGUUUAAGAAAGAUCUGAAGGAAAGCAUGAAAUGUGGCAUGUGGGGACGUGCCCUCCGGAAGGCUGUAGCAGACUGGUACAACGAAAAAGGUGGCAUGGCCCUUGCUCUGGCAGUUACGAAAUAUAAACAAAGAAAUGGCUGGUCUCACAAAGAUCUAUUAAGAUUGUCACAUCUUAAACCUUCCAGUGAAGGACUUGCUAUUGUGACCAAAUAUAUUACAAAGGGCUGGAAAGAGGUCCAUGAAUUGUACAAAGAAAAAGCACUUUCUUUGGAGACUGAAAAAUUGUUAAAGUAUCUGGAGGCUGUAGAGAAAGUGAAGCGUACGAAAGAUGAACUGGAGGUCAUUCAUCUGAUAGAAGAGCAUAGAUUGGUUAGGGAGCAUCUCCUGACAAAUCACCUGAAGUCCAAAGAGGUAUGGAAAGCUUUGUUACAAGAAAUGCCUCUUACUGCAUUACUAAGGAAUCUAGGAAAAAUGACUGCUAAUUCAGUGCUGGAACCGGGAAAUUCAGAAGUAUCUUUAGUAUGUGAAAAACUGUGUAAUGAUAAACUGUUAAAGAAGGCACGUAUACAUCCAUUUCAUAUUUUAAUUGCGUUAGAAACUUAUAAAACAGGCCACGGGCUCAGAGGAAAACUGAAGUGGCGCCCUGAUGAAGAGAUUUUGAAAGCUUUGGACACUGCUUUUUAUAAAACAUUUAAGACAGUUGAGCCAACUGGGAAGCGUUUCUUGCUUGCUAUUGAUGUCAGUGCUUCUAUGAACCAAAGAGUUUUGGGUAGUGUACUCAAUGCAAGCACAGUAGCUGCAGCAAUGUGCAUGGUUGUCACACGAACAGAAAAAGAUUCGUAUAUAGUUGCUUUCUCAGAUGAAAUGGUACCGUGUCCAAUAACUACAGACAUGACUUUACAACAAGUUCUAAUGGCUAUGAAUCAGAUCCCAGCAGGUGAAACUGAUUGCUCUCUUCCAAUGAUCUGGGCUCAAAGGACAAAUACAGCAGCCGAUGUCUUCAUUGUGUUCACUGACAAUGAGACCUUCUCAGGAAGUGUCCAUCCUGCUGUUACUCUGAGGCAGUAUCGAAAGAAAAUGGAUAUUCCAGCUAAAUUGAUUGUUUGUGGAAUGACGUCAAAUGGUUUUACCAUUGCAGAUCCGGAUGAUAGAGGCAUGUUGGAUAUGUGUGGCUUUGAUACAGGAGCUCUGGAUGUCAUUCGAAAUUUCACAUUAGAUAUGAUUUAAACAUAAGCACCAGCAUGAUCUAAGAGGCCUAUUGCCAUUAGUGAUCUCAUUAAAAAUACACAGCUACUUCCCAGCUAAUCUUAAUCCAGUGAAAGAUGAUAAGAUGAUGGCAUCAUAUGUGCAUAAUGAGAAAAAUAAGAUAGCCUGAGUUCUUUCUGUCUUCUGAGAUGGCUGCCAAGGACGCAUAGCCCUCUGAUGGGGACUCCUGCUGGCAGAUACUAUAAGGUAGGCAGCUGGGCUUCCGUGACUGGUCACAUUCGUACUUAAAAGAAGAGCCAAAAGUGUCAGUAGUUCCACAUCAUGUCACUUGUUUGAGAAGUGCUUCAAGUUUUCUUAAAUGUUUUCACUGGGAAAGGGCAGCUGUGAUAAUGUUCAUAUUCUCUGAGAUGCACUGGACCAUGUUACUGUGAUGGAAUAUGAAACUCAUCUGUAAACUUUUAUACCGAGGGGGUGAAACAAAAAAACCCGAGACAUUUGAUUAAAUUAUGAAUAGAUUUUACAAAUUUCUUUAAGAGUUUUCUAAGAUCACAUAAAUGGCAGCUUCUUUAUCCAGUAAAAAAGAUAUGUUGUUUCUCAUGUCUCAUUUACACUCAGAAUUGCUACCAUCAACCGGAAACAAGGAAAAGCCCUGAGAAGGGGCUCUAGUUUGUGUCAGCGGGCGAAUCUCUGUGGUUUGCUUGUUUUGGUGUAUUUGAUUGCUGUGAGUGAGGACCAUGACUUGACAAUUUCCUCAGAAUGAUAACAAGAUAGCCACCGUAGUCACACUUUCUUUUUUUCGUACUCUUAAUUGAAAACAACAUAAAACGUUUUAAGCAUUUAACUCCGCCACUCAUAAUUUGAAAGUAUGACAAUUAAAAUUUCAGCUAUAACCUUAAGAUUAGAUUUUUCCUUACUUUAAAAUAAAUGUUCUAAUUACUUUUAACUUUAUUUUUUUGCCAAUCCUAAAUGGGUUUUAGGUAUUUUCUAGUUGUAAACAUGUCAGGCCUACUUCUUUGUCCAUUAUUCAUUGUGGCAAAACAUUCUUUUUUGAUAGUAAAAACAUAAUAAUAAAACAACGUAGGGCUUUCAGGUUUGAAAGGCAAUUUUUGAAUAGCAUAUUACCACUAACCAGUCUGUAAAAAAGUAUUUUUUCUAUUUCAUUUGUGUAUGUUAAAUUCUUUUCAUUACACUAAAGUUCAUUAUAUUCUUGAGCAAAUACCCCUUUGUGGGGAGUUUUAACCUUUUAAAAUGCUAAUGUCUUUGCUUACAAGUAAAUAAUGGUUAUCUAAGCUUACACAUAAAACUUCAGAUAUUAUACAUUGUUUUUAAAUAUGAAUUAAGGAUUUACUGGGGAUUUAUAAACCCCUUCUCACUUAAGUGAAAAGGCAAACUAGUAAAUGUAAGUUAUAGCUUUUUACGUGCUUGGGGUUCAGAGGUUUUACGUUUUGUGGGGAAGGGGACUUUAGUAAUGUUAGAAUUUGUGUAGAUAGUUUCUUCUGUUUCAUGGGAAAUUUGGGCUCUGUGAGUGAUAAAAUAUUCCUUUCAAACUUCCUUGACAUGUUAAAACUAGCUCUGAUAUGUAAUCUUCAAGGCAACUGGUAGCAAUUUGUAAAUGCUGUGUUUUACUUGAGGUUUUUUGGUUUGCAAAGCUAGUAGCACCACUAUCCACACUGCCCCCCCUGCCCCGCCCCAAAUGCAUUGCUUCUUAAUAUAAUUUUGUGUUUUUUUUACCCUCUAUCAAACAUUGCAUUUAUUAUGUUAGCUACUUUUGAUACAUUAAAAUAUUAUGUUCAGAUUGAAUUUAGGUUUAAAGAACCUAAUAGAAUUAUGUCAUAGUUAUUGAAUUCUUUUAAGUAAACUCAAGAUCUUAAUUAAAAAUUGUAAAAUUAUCUAACUUAAGUAUUUAAAGUAGGUAAGUCGAGUUAUAUGGAUUAAGGGAUGAUUAAAGAAGGAGGGAAAAAACUAAAAGGAACCACCACAGAAGGUAACUUUAUUUUCAAAUCCUGGAAUUUUUGACCUGGAAGAAACCUUAGAAACUUAAAAGGUGAUUUUUACCUUAGAUUAGGGAUUUGCGGUCUGAGAGUAUGGCUGUGGAACGCUGGAUUUGGAAAUCUUGAGCUUUCAUCCCCAUUCCAGCACUCAUGUCCCCAUAAAAUGGGGAGGAGACUGACUCAGUAAAGUCAGGGAUAAAACAAUUAUUCAAGAUGUUUAUCUUUUAGGUAUUAGGAAAUCAUGUAUAUAGAUGAUUGCUUUAGGAAUAGAAAAACAAAUUAUAAACGUGAUAGUUUUGUAGUUCAUAGUAAUCCUCAAGCACAAUGUCUUAAAACGCUGUGUUGCUUUAUAACAGUCCUAUAGAAAAAAUUAAAAACAUUACUUCAUGAAUAAAAUAUACUCAAGUGGUAAAGAAGUUUUAUUUUCUGAAUUACUUUUAGGAUUACCGCUACAUUAGUAUUUAGGGAAAUACUGCUUUUGAAAAAAACCCUAAGAAAAAUAAACUUUAUUUCCUAGAAAACAUGUAAAUAUUUUCAGGAUGUAGUUGUAAUUAAUAAAACAAAAACUAAUCUUAAAUUCUUACCCUUCCUUGUUAGUUGAAAUUUCUUGGAAAUUCCAUUAAUUAACAUUUAUAUAUUAUUUAGUUUAGUAACUAGUUUCCAGGAAUAUUAGUGAGGAAGAGGCUAGUGAAUGGAAUUUAGUGUUACCUCUAUGGAAUCUUUUGGUUUCUCUAACUUACUGUGUUACUAUAGACAACCAAUACAACCUAUGUGAUUCAGUUUUGCUGUCUUUACAAAGUAACAUUCCUGAUGCUUGGAUCAUAGAAGAAUCAAUGAUUUAAUAUUUGUAUAAAAGUUUAAAUUGGGAGAAGGGCUUGCAAUAUAAGUUAGAACUCUUUUAAUUAAAAACAUGAAUAAGAUAUGUGUUUUGAAAGACAGAAUGUUUUAGGAAAAUAGCUCAAUAAGCUCAAUAAUUUCUUAAAAACACUCCUGAGUGGGAAAAUGUGGAAUAAAAAUUUUGAGAAUGA